AAUCUCACAACACAAAUUAUAAAAUCCAAGAAAGCUCUAACAAACCCACUAAUCAUUCUCUCUUUCAUCCAUAAACCAAGAAAACAAACCCAAUAACACAAAUCUCUCUCUCUCUCUCUCCCACUUUUUCUCCCAUGGCAAACCUCAACUACUAUCCUCAUUUCUUCAUCAUCACACUCAUCAUGUUCACAACCUCCACAACAUGCAGUAACACCACAACAAACCCUAUCAACAACAACUCAACAACAACAUCAUCAACUCCACCAUUGGCAAUGCAAGAAAUGAACAACAUUCUUGAUGCACUAAUAGGAUCAGGAGACACAAGCAUAAACAAAUGGGUAAGCAUCUUAUCAAUCUCCCAUCCAUCACUUAGCCUAACACUCUUCAUUCCUCAACAACCCUUACCAUCUUCCUCUACAUUAAACCCCUUCACUUUUCCAUAUCAUAUCAUCCCUCAACGUCUCGUCUACGCUGACCUCCUCCUCCUCCCUCGUUACUCUCGUAUCCCUACUCUUCUCCCCGGUAAAACCAUCACCGUUACCGAUAACUUCCCCGGUAAUUUCACCCUUGAUGAUGUCUUGCUCACUCAACCUGAUCUUUAUAAUACUUCUUCUCUUGCUGUUCAUGGUGUUCAGAGGCUUCUUGAUUACUCAACUUUUGGUGAUGCUUCCAUGAUGCCUAACUCGCCGCCUUUUAUGCCCGUCGGAGAAACGUGGGAUUCUGUUGACUCCUCACCGUGUGCCGCGUUCAACGUCUUCCUGUUGGUUAUCAGUUUUGUUCUUCAUCAACUCGUGUUCUUCGAUACAUGUUGAGUUUUAUUUCGUUUCUUGCGUGCAUUAUAUUCAAGAAAAUUUAGCAGUAUUAUUUUUCUUUGCAAAGAAAUUU